AUGGAGACGCUUGAGUUCACCCUUGAUCUUCAGCGAUACGCAGCCGUUCACGACCAAAUCCAAGCCGACUGCGCCUCCGACCCACACGCUCGCGCUCAGUUGUGCGACCUCUGGGACAAGCUGAUGCAAGUCUACAUCGCGCCAUGCUCACCCCGUGAGGUCAACAUUCCCUCUCGUGUGCGCGAUCGACUGCUCCGUCUUCCCGCAACGCCCGAACCGCCGCAUCCCAUGCACCUAGAGGAGGCUGGGCGCAUCGUGCACGAGUUGAUGAAUGAUUCUUUGCUGGUCCCUUUCCUCGAGUCCGUCAGCCCGCUCCACCUCGACAACCACAGUCACGAGCAUGCGCGAUCACCCAUCUAUCCUCCGUACCUCAACGUGGGCGGUGUCGCAUCUCGCUCGGGAUCCAAUCACGUCUUCGAUUCAGAAGGCUUGACGGACGACAGUGACGGAAACUCUCCCCCGGUCAUGGAACCAAUGACCCCGCCCACGACACCACCUACUCACAACGACUGGGCGCACUCGCCUGGUGGUGGCUUCCAGCGCGCCAUGGCAGCACACAACAAGGGCUGGAAGAAAAUGGGCGCCAAACUCGGUUUCCAUCGCAAGGGGUCCAGCAACAACAAGCGACCAAUGCCGACGUCCAACAACGGCGACGUGCCGCGAUAUAGCAACCCCUUAUGA